UUCGUGGUUUCUCUACCGAAAGGUAAUAUGCAAUGCAUGUGUGUUCUGAAAAAUAUUGAUUUUUUUUUAUAUAUAUAGAAUAGAAGUUGAAGAGGAGGAAAAAAAAAUAGAGGAACACUACUAAAAAAAGCCCUUUUUAGGACGUACAAUUUAAGCGGUUUUGGAAGCUCUGAACCUCGAAGGACCUGCUGGAAGCUGACAUCCUCGAAGGACCUGCCCUAGGCUAAUCUUGCUUUACCUGUGCGCCGUGUUUCGUGGUUGCCUGUUUCGCGGUUGGCUUCGAAGCAUUGUGCGCCGUGCGCCCCGCCGUGCCCUAGGUUUUUCUUCUGUCCAAGUUAGAUAAUAUUGUGUCUGCCAGAUGAUGCUGAAGUGAGCAAUGAGAUAUGGGAUGAGGUGAUAGAGUGGAUGAAGAUCCUGAAACCGUUCUAUGAACUAAUCAAGAGUGAAACAACGAUGAUGAGAACUGCUUCUCAGAAAUGGGGCUACAUUCGGAUCAUGGCUGGUACAAUCUUUGGAGGCAUCCUUGGAUUCUAUGUCAUGCACCGCCUUGAAACUAACUACAAGGAGAAAAUGAAUGAAAGGCUGAGAGAUUAUGAGGCUGAAUUGAAGAGGAAGAAGGAUGAGAGAUUGAAUGAGUUAGAGGACUCCUCCAGGUUUUGAAUCAUUGUUUUUUUACUUUUUGAUGUAGUCCUCCAAGUUAGAGGAUUUCUACAUUUGAUUAAUAAAGUUAAUUGGAGACAAUUGUUUCUAGUGUCAUUGACAGUGAUUUCUGUAUAAUAGAAGAUUUUUCCUUUAACAAUGACUAAUUUGCCGCUUUACAUA